AAAAGCCUCCCGCAUAAGCAGCAAGGAGAAGCCCGAGAGGCAUUUAAUGAAAGUCGUCCCCCCCCCCUUCUCCUUUUUUUUUUAAGGCUUAAUUCAAAUCCUUUCCACUAACGAGCAGUUUUGCAUGCUGAAGAUCAGUCGCAGCGCAAUCCUAGGCAGGUCUACUCUGGAGCAAGCUCUGUGGGGUUUGCUCUCAGGUAAGUGUGCGCAGGAUUGCAGCCUUAAUGCGGAUUAGCGGCCCCCUUCGUGCAGGUUGGACCGUGUUUGCGAUGGGGAAGGUAAAUUUAAAGGUCGUGCAUAAUGCGUGGUAUGCGCUUGAAAUACUGUAAAAAUAAACCAACGCGUGCCGCUGGGUGAAGGGGGGGGAUCCUAACCUGCGUUUGGGAUUCUGGGCUUUUUUCGUUUUGAGGGUUUCAUUGGCCUCGGGCAGCCGAAAGGGUCAGGCUUUCCUGGGCUUUGACAUUGGGGAGGCGCCUUGGAAAUUGCUGGGCUUGCAGGAAAGCGGAGAAGCUGCAAGAUCUCGUUAGCUGCUAAAUCGUUUCAGGGCAACCUGUGCUCUCUCUCGGCCUGUAAAGAGCCUCUCUCCGCUAUUGUUUCGCCCCAAUUGGUGCAAGCCACGUACCGGUAGUUUUCCUGCAUGACCUUUGUAGUGCGAUAUUCAGGCCCAUUCUCUCUCUGUGUCUCUCUAAUAUUGAUAUAGGUGCUGGCUGAGCACUUUUCCUGUUACUGCCACAAGCCUAACCAGGGAUAUCAUGUAGGGCUUUAUUUGUUACAUUUAUAUGCCACUUUUAUCUUACAAGGAUCUCAAAAGUGCUGUACAUUGUUCUCCUCUCCAUUCCAGCUCGCAACAACCCUGUGAGGGAGGAUAGGCUGAGAGACGGCAAGGGGCCACCUUCAUGGCUGAGUGGGGAUUCGAACCCUGCUCUCGCAACACUCUAACCCGGGGUUUCCCAAACUGGGGUCUCCAGCUGUUUUGGGAUUACAGUUCCCAUCAUCCCCGACCACUGGUCCUGCUAGCUAGGAACAUAGCUGCCAAGUUUUCCCUUUUCUCGCGAGGAAGCCUAUUCAGCAUAAUGGAAUUUCCCUUAAAAAAAGGGAUAACUUGGCAGCUAUGGCUAGGAAUGGUAGGAGUUGUAGUCCAAAAACAGCUGGGGACUCGAGUUUGGGAAAGCCUGCUCUAACCAUUACGCCACACUAGCCAGUGCCAGCCCUACUGUAUUCCUUCAUUGCAGGGGGUUGGACUGGAUGACCCCUUGGUUCCCUUUCAACUCUACCGUUCUAGAAUUAUGCUCAGAGGAGCCCAGUAAGAAAUUCAUCUUUAUUGUAAUAUUUCUCAUACAGUCCUGUAAAAAUACACCUCAUUAUUCCAGUAUUAUUAAACAUUUGUUACAUUUUCAUCGUAUUUGUUUUCUUCUUGCUUCUUUCAGCUAUUUUUAGUAUUCUCAAAUACAUUAAUCAAAGAUUUCACAUAAAAUUAAACAUCAAACAAAUUAUAUUAAAAUUAAAACUAUUGACCUCCAGUCGCCUCCCGGAGCACGCCUCCUCUGUGUUGCUGAAAUACAUACUUUCCUCUACUCCUUCUUGUUAUCUCUAUUGUACGUCAAGAAUCCAAUCAUGCCAAUCAAUCUCAUGGAGUACUGUAUGAGUUUACCUUAUAAGCCAGUCAUUCCAAGGCUACCAUGGAAAUUAGAUUGUUAUUAUUAUUAUCUUGCAAAUAUCUUUUUAAAAAAUUCCCACUUUUUCACAAACACCUGUUUUGAGUUUCCCCUUAAAUUAUCUGUUAGUUGGGCCAAUUCCACAAAAUCUAACAAUUUGUUUUGCCACUCUCUUAGUGUUGGAGCGGUGUCCCCUUUCCACCUUGCGGCUAUUAGCAACCGGGCUGCGGCAGUCGCAUAUAGAAAAAUCUCCCUAUAUUUAACAGGUGUAUAUAUUUUUUUAUCAUUGUAACCUGCCCCGGAGCCUUGUGGUGAAGGGCAGGUAAUAAAAAAAUUGUGGAUUUUUAGCUCCUCUGUGGAUGGGUGCUGCUGUUUUGUUUCAAGGAAGACUUUUGAGGAUGUGGUUGUGUGAGUUUCAUGGAAGUGUGAUGAAGAUCUGAUGAACUCAGACAGAUGAAUUCUAUCCUGGGUGGUCCUGCAAGAAAAUCACAGGAAUAUGGCCUCUCUGGAGUUUCCUAACGUGACCAUAAAGCUGGAAGACGAAGAUGAGAUACCAUGGCUCCCAAAUAACCAGGGAUCAGAGGAUAUUAAGAAUUUCCCAGGCGACCGCUCAGGAUUCCCUGUUCCUAAAACUGAAGUGGUCCAUGGGGGAGAUCCAUGGAUCCCAGAGCCUGUUUUGGAGGAAAGAGAGAUCCCAGCAGACUACGGCUCGGAGCUUCCGGAUGUGAUAAUAAAAUUGGAACAAGAAGAGGUGCCGUACGUUCCCUGCCGCCCGGUUUCAGAGGCCAGUGUGACAUUCCAGGGGGCCCACUCAGGAGAUGGACGCGACAGAAUAUUCAUGGGAGAAAUGCCAUAUUAUUCAGGCUUUGAGAGAAGCUUCGGCGACAAACAAGGCCUUAUCAAACACGAGAGCCAACACCCCACAGAGAAACCACACAAGUGUUCCUGCUGCUCUAAAAGCUUCAUGAAAAGAUCCAACCUUCGCACACACGAGAGAAUUCACACAGGAGAAAAGCCAUUUCGGUGCUCCGAGUGCGGGAACAGCUUCAGCGACGGAUCCAGCCUUAUUCGGCAUAAGCGGAAACACACGGGUGAAAAACCCUACAGCUGCUCAGUAUGUGGGAAACGGUUCAAUCAGAGCUCCAGCCUGAUCAGGCACGAGAGAAGCCACACUGAGCAGAGACCUUACAAAUGCUUAGAGUGUGGUAAAAGAUUCAACCAGAGUUCGACCUUGGUGAGACAUGAGAGGAUCCAUAGAGAACAAAAACUCUUUAAAUGUCCGGAUUGCGACAAAAGAUUUAUUCAGACUGCGAGCCUCCUUGCACAUCAGAGAAUCCACCGGGGUGAAAAGCCGUAUAGCUGCUCCGUGUGUGACAAGGGCUUUGUUCAGAGAUCAAACCUCCUCAUUCAUGAGAUGAAGCACACCGGCUUGAAACCGUUCAAAUGUUCAGACUGUGGGAAAGGGUUCAAUCAGAACUCGAGCCUUGUCAUACACAGGAGAAUCCACACCGGAGAAAAACCGUAUAAUUGUUCCCACUGCAGGAGACCUUUCAGCGACAAAUCGAGCCUUAACAAACAUGAGAGAGCCCACAGAGGGGACAAGCCGUUCAAGUGCUCCACUUGUGGGAAAAGCUUUGUCCGGAGGUCGCACCUUCUCACACAUGAGAGAAUCCACACGGGAGUGAAGCCAUUCAAAUGUUCGGACUGCGGGAAAAGCUUCAGCAGCCGGUCGCAUCUCAUACGGCAUGAGGGGACUCACACGGGCGAGAAGCCCUACGAUUGCUCUUUCUGCGGGAAAAGCUUCAACAGGAAGUCCAACCUGACGAACCACGAGAGGACGCACACAGGAGAGAAGCCCUAUAGGUGCUCCGACUGCGGGAAAAGCUUCAGCGACAGGUCUAGCCUCAUCAAGCACGAGAGGAUCCACACGGGCGAGAAGCCCUACAGCUGCACGGCCUGCGAGAAAAGCUUCAGCGACAAGUCAAGCCUCAUCAGGCACGAGAGGAUCCACACGGAGGAGAAGCCUUACAAAUGCUCGGAUUGUGGGAAAGGGUUCAACCAGAGCUCGAGCCUCAUCGUGCAUGAGAGAACCCACACGGGGGAGAAGCCGUUCAAGUGCUCGGACUGCGGGAAAGGCUUCAUCCGGAGAACGAUUCUCAACAAGCACGAGAGAACCCACACUGAGGAGAAGCAGUGAAAGGAGGCUGGGACUGUGAACGUGGCUCAGGUCUUCUAAGCUGUGAAGAAACUCUGCUGGAAUAAGACUAUUAGGCCUAAUAUAGUGGUAGCGAUGCAGCUGUGAAACAAUAAGUCCCUGGGUUUGGUGAGAUCGCCUCUGUCGUGAUCUCAGGUCACCUUAGGCGAGCCAGUCCUCCCAACCUUUGGGACGUGGAUUCACACCUGGGCUGUGGCCCAACACAGAAUUAGGCCUAAUUAAAAUUCACGGAGCUGAACGUGCUCAACCCCAACGUCAGAUGGGCUAUGAUCCUCAUAUUUUUCCAGGGUGGAGAAAAUGUCUGUGUUGGGGGAGGGAAAUGGGCGAGGUGCUCAACACCAGGUAUAGGCAGACUUCAGGCUUGCUGGUUCUAAUUAUUAUUAUUAUUAUUAUUAUUAUUAUUAUUAUUAUAUUAGCUUUUUUUAAAAAAAAUCUAUAGCAGGGAAGAAAAACAGACAGAAGCCUAAAUACAGUACAGAAAAUAGGACAUGCAAAAAAUAAUUGCUGCAUCAUGGGUAAUCACACUUUUUGCAUUAGAAUAUUAGCACUGAAGUGAGGUUUGUGGGCUGGGGAAUGUGGGAAGGAGUCAGUGGGCAUUUACUGUAACAGAUUAAAUAAUCCACAGAUUAAAUGUUCCACGGGGCCUCUUUUAAAAGACUCACCCUGUAUUUAGGAGAUUCUUGCUUGUUAGGAGUGGAGUUUCAGUAUAAAUGACAAAACAGCCCAUUUCCCCUCACCUUGGUAUUCAGAGUUGGGUUCUUAGCUUGCCCGGCACCGGAUUGGGCCUCUUCUGCACUAUACAUUUAAAGCAUCAUUGUAUCACUUUAAACAGACAUGACCUUCCCCCCAGAGCAUUCUGGGAACUGUGCUGUGUAUUGUUUUUUAGACCCCUCUUUCCCCUAGAAAACUACAUUUCCCAGAAUUCCCUUGACUGUUAAACCACUCAUAAGCUGGCAGCUCUGACGUAAACACAGAAUUGUUAGGAGACCCCUGUUCCCCAAAACUGAGAGUCCAUCCCUCUUUCCCUCUUCCCAUGGAACUAUGGGAAUUGUAGCUCUGUGAGGGGAAUGGGGGGUCCCCCUAACUGCUCUCAGGGCCCUUAACAAACUACAGUUCCCAGGAUUCCUUGGGGGAAGAAGCCGUGACUGUUUAAAGUGGUACGAUACGGCUUUAAAUUUAUAAUGUAGAUGGGGGCCUUUCAACCUUGAGCCUCACCAACUAGAUCCAGGUGCAAAAUAUGGGUGAUGCGGGUGGCGCUGUGGUCUAAACCACUGAGCCUCUUGGGCUUGCCAAGCAGAAGGUCGGCAGUUCGAAUCCCUGUGACGGGGUGAGCUCCCGUUGCUUGGUCCCAGCUCCUGCCAACCUGGCAGUUCAAAAGCACACCAGUGCAAGUAGAUAAAUAGGUCCUGCUGUAGCAGGAAGGUUAGACAGCGUUUCUGUGUGCUCUGGUUUCUGUCGCAGUUUCCCGUUGCACCAGAAGCGCUUUACUCAUGCUGGCCACGACCUGGAAAGCUGUGUGUGGACAAUUGCCAGCUCCCUCGGCCUGAAAGCGAGAUGAGCGCUGCAACCCCAUAGUCUCCUUUGACUGGACCUAACUGUCCAGGGGUCCUUUACCUUUCUUUUUUUUUUACAAAAUAUGGAAGUAGAGGGUGGGGCCGCAUACAAAAUGGCGGCUUGGGAGGUAUAGCUAAUUACCAGCUGCUCCGCAUGAGCCAUACACUGGAGCAACCUGUGUAUACAAUUGAAAGUUUAUAGCUUUGAGUUAGUGCUCAUCCAGGAUUUGAAUUUUUUUUGCGGCGAGGGUAAGCGGGUGAACUUCCCAUAGGCCUCUAGGUGGUCAUUGUGAGAACAGGAUACUGGACUAGACGUGCCUUUGGCCUGCAUUGCUGCCAUAUUUAAACAGUUGGCCCCCAACGACUCCUGAGUAUGCAUCGCAAAUUAUCCAAUGAUCUACCUGGCAACCCCUGUCUACCUUCUACCUACCCCUGGUGUGGAACAGCUUCCCACAGCAGUCACAUCCACAAUGGUUAUUUAAAUCACACUGCUUCCCGCCACAAAAAUCCUGGGAACUGUAGUGUGCUGGGAAUUAUAGUUCUGCGAACGAGAAUUCUUCAGGGGAAGCCAUGUUCUUUAAAGAUGAUGUGUGUGUCCCCCAAAUACCAGCAUAUCUUCUCGCAUGGAUACGGCACCCUCCUUGCACCCCGAUUCUUUUAUCCCGCAUGCUGAUUAUUCCUCUGCGGAGCCUUAAAAAUAAAAGCCACGUUUUGAAGCUGUCUUGAGGCAGAGGAAGGUUCUUUUGUGUGAUGAUGAGGCAAUUUAUGCAUCUGUAGCAAGACUCGAGUAGACAUCCUAAUAAACAAAUAGUCUCUCUAUAAUUAUUUUGGUCUUCUGUUGUGUUUGAGCAGGCUUCCAGGAAAUGGGAAGCCGUCAAUUCGCCCAAUGGAAUCUUUCUGCCCUAAGAGGUGGAGGCGCCCAUCUAGAAAGACAUGGCACACAAGGAAACAGGAACGGGAGCAGAGGAGGAAAAGCAAGUUCAAGUAGUUAGCUAUGGCAGCUCAGUCGAAGUGGUGGUCUCCCUACCAGUGGCAGGUGCUAGAGCAGGCAUCCCCAAACUUCGGCCCUCCAGAUAUUUUGGACUACAGUUCCCAUCUUCCCCGAUCACUGGUCCUGUUAGCUAGGGAUCAUGGGAGUUGUAGGCCAAAACAUCUGGAGGGCCGCAGUUUGGGGAUGCCUGUGCUAGAGAAUGAACAACAAAGAGAGGUGGGUUAUCUUUGGGUCCUCCUUGUGAACUUUUGAGAGGCAUCUGCCUGUACCUGUGUUAGAAAUAAGAUGCUGUGUGCUGUCACCCUGCAGGUAUCUCUGGACUCCACCUUCUCCCUGGCCCAGCUAGCCUGGCUGGUGGGUUACGGAGGACGGGAGUUCUGGUCCAGCGAUACUCAAAGGGCCCAAGUGAAGAGGCUGAGAGAGCCCUGCAGGAUUACUGCAAUGUGCUCUGUAUGGGGCUGCCCUUGAGGUUGCUCCAGAAGAUGCAGCUGGUGCAGGUGCCAGGAUACCUGAAAGGUGCUCACCCCGCUUACAUAUCCAGUUGAUCACUGCCCAGCAAGCGAGGGCCUCUUGCAGAUUCCAUCUUACUGGCAGGUCUGUUCCAGUGGAGGAAUCAUUCUACGGUAUGCUGGCACCUCCCCUUUGCAAUCCCUCCCUGCUAAAUAAACUGCUGUGUCUCAUUUCAGCACCUACUGAAGCCCUCUUCAUUUCAAUGGGUCCACUCAAACUGGGAGUGAAUUGACUACAACCUCGGAUAUUCACAGUCUUAGCCGGACGCUCAAACCACGACACCAGAGUCCAUUGUGCUGUGUCUCAUUUCAGCACCUACUGAAGCCCUCUUUCAACAAGCAUUUAAAGCUAAGAUCUUUUCCCAAGCUGCACCUGUAUUGCAAGGUGCUUUUAUUGUUUCAUUACUCGUUCAUUACCUGGGCUCCCUUGUGAGGAGAGGUGGGAUAUAAAGCUAAUUAAUAAAUAAGCUUUCUAAAACAUGGCGGGGAAAACAACUCACUGCAUGCUUGUGAAUUUCUUUUUCCAGGAAAGAGGAAGUAUAAUGUCCAAGAUAACUUUCACCUCACUUGAGAGGUGACAAGCAGGCUCUGCAACUAAAUGUUGCAGCGUAUACUGCUUUCUGCUGCUUUUUUUUGCAAUCAACAGCCAUUUUCUCCUUUAUGAGGAUAUGCUCUUAACACUCCACAUUCUGGGACCAGAUAAACAACUGCAUAACUUUCUGAAGACAUCUGAAGGCAACCCAGUAUCAGGAAGUUUUUAAUGUCUGCUGUUUUAAUGUGUUUUAAUAUGUAAUGUUGGAAACCACUCAGACUGGCUGGGGCAACCCAGUUGGAUAGGCAGGAUAAUAAUUAAUAAAAGGACUCCUAUCGGUUGGAGCAGUAUGUAGUUGUAUACCCCUUCAUAGGGUCCACCCUUCUAAAUAAAGCAGUUUAAAAAGGCACCAGGCUGGUGUUUCCGUCCAGACCAAUAUGAACGCUGCUCAGGUGGAAAGACAAGAUGUGGGAGACCAUCACCACAUUUUCAUGCGCGGCAUCCCCUUGAUGCUGGGCUACUGAGCCCAUGUGCGAUGGUGGAGCACAGGUUUUGCUUGCUUUUAGAUCCCAAUUUCAACCCCAGGCUUGUCUGGCUCAGAAGCUAUUGAGUAACUUGCACGAGGAAGACUCCCUGACUUUGAGAUCUUCCAGGUAAUGAGCUGAUAAACCGUAUACAGUAAACCACUUGCUCACCUGCAUCAAAGCUUUCCUCCGGAUUUGUCCUCUCGGAUGGCACAAUCAAAAACAUUUUUUAAAGGCAGAGGGGCGUGGGUGGCGCUGUGGUCUAAACCACAGAGCCUAGGGCUUGCAAAUCAGGAGGUUGGCGGUUCGAAUCCCUGCGACGGGGUGAGCUCCUGUUGCUCGGUCCCAGCUCCUGCCCACCUAGCAGUUCAAAAGGAAGUGCAAGUAGAUAAAUAGGUACCGCUCCAGCGGGAAGGUAAACAGCGUUUCCGUGCAUUGCUCUGGUUCGCCAGAAAGCGGCUUAGUCAUGCUGGCCACAUGACUGCAUGCUGGUUCCCUUGGCCAAUAAAGCGAGAUGAGCGCCGCAACCCCAGAGUCAUCCGCGACUGGACCUAACAGUCAGGGGUCCCUUUACCUUUACCUUUACAGUGAAGGGACUCUUGUCAGAGCUGAGCAAUUUGGUUCCCAGAAAUCCUUCCAGCCUUCACUGCCAAUACCACUGUACUGAAGGAGCGUCUCCACCCCCAUCUUUCUGCCCGGACACUGAGGUCCAGUGCCGAAGGCCUUCUGGCAGUUCUCUCACUGCGAGAAGCCAAGUUACAGCGAACCAGGCAGAGGGCCUUCUCAGUAGUGGCACCCACCCUGUGGAACGCCCUCCCACCAGAUGUCAAAGAGAAAAACAACUACCAGACUUUUAGAAGACAUCUGAAGGCAGCCCUGUUUAGGGAAGCUUUUAAUGUUUAAUAUACUAUUGUAUUUUAAUAUUCUGUUGGAAGCCGCCCAGAGUGGCUGGGGAAACCCAGCCAGAUC